CCUUGAACGUCUCAUUACCUUUGGGUAAAGAUGGCGGAAGCAGGAAGUGUUGACUACAACACGUAAUCUCAGUUUGACUUCGGAAAGGUUUCCUGCUCAGCGUUUGCGUUUUUCUGAAAUGGACGACGUGGAGAUAACGGAUGUCGACGACGGCGACUUUCCUCGAAUGGAGCCAGAACCGGAACCGCAGAACCGGGACCUGAGCUUCCUGAGCAUGGCCGUCGGAGACGUUCUGUCCCAGUAUGGAUGGUACCUGCUGGCUGUGACAGCUGUGGUCUACCUGCUGAUCCAGUACUUCCACAGGAGGAGGUCCGAGGCACUUCACAACAGCCCCCCCACCCAGAGCCAGCAGGAUGCAUCGUUGGUGGUGAAAAGACAAGAGGCCAUGGAAGCAGCUCGAAGAAAGAUGCAAGAGGAACUGGAUGCCAGAGCUGCCAUGUUCAAAGAGAAGCAGAAACAGCAAGAAGACGACAAGAGGAGACAAAAAAUAGAGAUGUGGGAGAGUAUGCAACAAGGGAAGAGUUACAAAGGAACUUCUAAACUUACUCAGAACACUGAAGACACCAGUUCAUCAACGACGGCGCUGAAACCCAAGACGGAAAAGAAGCUGCUUCGCAGCGCUGAUUACAAUCCCCUCACUGGGCAGGGGGGGGGCAGCUGCUCCUGGAGACCGGGCCGAAGAGGACCGUCGUCCGGGGGAUGAGGCUAAGGCGGGUCAGAGACAUCGGGAUAACCUUUGACCUCUGACAACACACUGCACCCUGACUGACUGAACAAAGCUGAUCAUGUCUCCACGUGUUUUUACAUUUGUUUCUCAUUUUGUUGAUGAUCUUCUUUAUGUGUUUUAAUGCUUCUGUUGCAGGGUUAGCAUUAGCAUUAGCUCUAACCUUGUGUACAGUGUGAAGACAUUGUUAGCUUUUCCAUGAAGCCAGUCCUGUAAACGGUUUGUAACCGGUGGGUUUGGCUGAUGAGUGUCAGUCAGUGGGUUUUCUGUUUCUGUUUCUGUUUUUAUCUUUAUCAGUUUCAUCUACGUCUGAAAUUAUAAUGUCACUGCGUUUUCAGUAAAAGUCAUGUAUGUCAAUCACAAGUCUGUUAUAAAAUAAAUGUUUCUGGUGAUUUAGUUACAAAUAUUCUGAUUUGUUGAAGUGGAACCUGUGACAAUAAUGCAAUAAAGAAGUGAAGAAAAGGUCAAAGGUCACCACUCACCUGAA